GCGGAAGCGCGUGACGUCAGCAGGCGUCGUGCUGGGAUUGGAAUGCUACAAUGUAACAAUCGGAACUGGACGCUUCAGAUUAAAGCGCUGGAACGUAACGUUGUAUCGUCGGCGUCGCGAACGCUCUGAGAAUGUAGCAGGGAAUAGAAAAACGUGUCGGUUUGUAAUGUUUUUACGAGUGUUUAUAAAACAACGGCACGAUUGUAAAGACAACCAGCCUUUGGAGGAUUUGUCAGAGGAAUAUAUGUGAGAAUACACGGAUUUGUGGGGAUUUAUCCGCUCGGGAAGUUUGUGACAGGGUCUUUCUGACUCACGCGCAUCACAUGAGAUCCAGCUCUUGGACAUUUCUCUGACCGCUUCUGCUGUUUGUGAUAUCUCCGAGCUGGAUUUGAAGAAGUCUUCUCUGAAAGUACUUUUUCUGAUGGUUUCCAUUGAUCCAGAACAGUCCCGGUGGCCAGCAGGGUUCAGGUGUCAUCUGUCAGGAGUUUAGAUGCUGUCUAAUGUGAACGAAGGGACCAGAGAGGAGAGAGGUAGAUCCAUAACAAGGAUUUAAGGUUAAGUCGCCCACAUGCUCUGGAUUUGGGAUUGGAAUCACAAGGUGGAAGUUGAGAGCAUCAAAUCCCUGCAGGUCUGUGGAAGAUGCUGUCUUGUUGGAGUUGAGACCUUUGCAUUCAUCAGCAACCAGCUCCAUCUGGAUCUAAGGACACAUGCAGGCCAAAAAACGCUAUUUAAUUCUGUUCUCUGCAGGCGUGAGCCUCCUUCUCCUCUUUUACCUGCAGGGACCAGCUUCCAAAAGGAGUCCAAACCGAGGGGAUGACCCCCAUCCACACUGGCCCCACUUCUCAGACCCCUUACAAGCUUUUAUUCCGUGGGAUCAGACUGAAACGGAGGACUACAAUGUCCGCGCUUCUCCGAGACACAAAAGAGAGGACAACUCCAGAGCUUCUAAGUGCAGAAUGGACUCCUGCUUUGACUUCUCCUUGUGCAGGAGGAACGGCUUCAAAGUCUAUGUCUAUCCUCAACAGAAAGGUGAGAAGAUCUCAGAAAGCUACCAAAACAUCUUGUCCUCCAUCGAGGGCUCCCGAUUCUACACGUCUGACCCGGGACAGGCUUGUCUCUUUGUUUUGAACCUCGACACUCUGGACCGAGACCAGCUGUCUCCUCAAUAUGUCCACAACCUCAAAACUAAGAUCCAGAACUUGAACCUAUGGAAUAACGGGAGGAACCACCUGAUCUUUAACCUGUACUCGGGCACAUGGCCGGAUUACACAGAGGAUUUGGGGUUUGAUAUCGGACAAGCCAUGUUGGCCAAAGCCAGCAUCAGCACCGAGAACUUCAGACCCAAUUUUGACAUCUCCAUCCCCUUGUUCUCCAAAGAUCACCCCCGGACUGGAGGAGAAAGGGGGUAUUUAAAAUACAACACCAUCCCUCCCUUUAGGAAAUAUGUGCUGGUUUUUAAAGGCAAGCGCUAUCUGACUGGAAUUGGAUCUGAUACCAGGAAUGCACUUCAUCACAUCCAUAAUGCUGAAGAUGUGGUUCUCCUCACCACAUGCAAACAUGGCAAAGACUGGCAGAAACAUAAAGAUGCUCGCUGCGACAAGGACAAUACUGAAUAUGACAGGUAUGACUAUAAAGAAAUGCUACAUAACUCCACUUUUUGUCUGGUGCCUCGAGGACGCCGCCUGGGCUCUUUCCGUUUCCUGGAGGCUCUGCAGGCCGCUUGUGUUCCCGUCAUGCUCAGUAACGGCUGGGAGCUUCCCUUCUCAGAGAUCAUCGACUGGCACACGGCCGCUGUCAUUGGGGACGAGAGACUUCUUCUACAGAUUCCAUCGACCGUUCGCUCCAUCCAUCAAGAUCGCAUUCUGUCUCUCCGCCAGCAGACGCAGUUCUUGUGGGAAGCGUAUUUCUCUUCUGUGGAGAAAAUUGUGCUCACUACAUUGGAGAUCAUCCAGGACCGUGUGUUGCAGCAUGACGCCCGCAGCACACUGAUGUGGAACCGGUUGCCCGGAGGACUUUUCACUUUGCCCCAAUACUCGUCCUACCUGGGUGAUUUUCCCUUCUUCUACGCCGUACUUGGUGUUAAACCACAGCAGAAGUUCACAGCCGUGAUUCACGCUGUCACGCCUCUGGUAUCUCAGUCUCAGCCGAUUUUCAAGUUGCUAGUGGCUGUGGCCAAAUCACAGUACUGUGCACAGAUCAUUGUCCUGUGGAACUGUGACAAGCCUCUCCCAGCGAAGCACCGCUGGCCCUCCACCUCUGUUCCAGUCAUUGUAAUCGAGGGCGAGAGCAAGGUAAUGAGCAGCCGAUUCCUGCCCUAUGACAUCAUCAAAACUGAUGCAGUCUUGAGUCUGGACGAAGACACUGUGCUCUCGACUACAGAGGUGGAUUUUGCCUUUACGGUUUGGCAAAGUUUUCCAGAGAGGAUCGUGGGAUAUCCUGCACGGAGCCAUUUCUGGGACUCUAACAAGGAGCGCUGGGGCUACACCUCCAAGUGGACCAAUGACUACUCCAUGGUGCUGACUGGAGCUGCCUUCUACCACAGGUAUUACAACUACUUGUAUACACAAUACCUGCCCAGCAGCUUAAAGAGUAUGGUCGACCAGCUCUCAAACUGUGAAGACAUCCUCAUGAAUUUCCUGGUGUCAGCGGUCACUAAGAUGCCUCCUAUCAAGGUCACUCAAAAGAAGCAGUACAAGGAGACGAUGAUGGGACAGACGUCCAGGGCAUCACGCUGGGCAGAUCCUGACCACUUUGCCCAGCGGCAGAUGUGCAUGAACAAAUUUGCCAGCUGGUUUGGCACCAUGCCCCUGGUCCAUUCGCAGAUGAGACUGGAUCCCGUUCUGUUCAAGGACCAGGUAUCGAUACUGCGCAAAAAGUACAGAGACAUUGAGAGACUCUGACGAAUCUGAGAAACCCUUUCCUUGUGUAAGGGAAUGGGAAAUGGCAUCUGAGCCCCCCAUCCCCCCCACAACCCUGAAACACUGAAUCAACAGGGAUAAAAACGGGGGCACAGGAACCCUCAAGGAGGGAGCGCAUCAAGAUUGGGGGAAGUGUUGUGCUGCAAGAAGAUCCCUCUGUUAGAGUUUGUCACUAACUAUAAAUAUAUGAAAGCAAGAGGUUCAAUGCGAGGGGACAUUGAUGUUAUAUGGCUGAGUUUAGCACAACACAAAGACACGCCAAUGUUGGCAGCUUUCUGUCUUCCACACCCCAUCUUGUAAUGUUUUGCCAAGAACAACGGUGACCAUGGCAAAUUCGCCAAUGCCAGGGAGCCACACACACAUCCACAUGCAGUCAGAUUAUAGACUUCCACACACCAGUUUAACUUCUGGAUCAAACCUCUCCUUGUUAAAUGUGUGAUACGCUCGGCUGGAAGGGUCCCCCGCAGUUCAGCUGUGCAAAUUUAUUCAGUCUGCCUUUGGCAAGUGUUACGCCCCUCUUGAAGAUGCAAGACGAAGUCCCGAGGAGAAGUCGAGCGUGCAAGACACCACGCACAACGUCACAGUGCCUGAACUUCCAGAUGGACCAUAUCUGGGAGUCCAAGGGGUUUUGUGUCAAUGCAAAAACACCUUGUUCAUGCUGCUUAUAUUUGGAUUCAAAUGUAGGUGUUCCACAAAUUGGCCCAAAGUUUAGAUUUAUGUCUGUUUGAAAAAAUUUUUUUUUAGUAUAUUUUGGAUGAAUUAGACCCUAUGCCACAUACAUAUUGUUCUUUGUCUGGUUUUCUUGUGAGUCUUACUAGUGCAAUGCCAUAUCAGAGGCCACAUUCACACUACAGCUAAUUCAGAUCUCACUCCGCCUCUGACAUAUCCUAAUCUUAAUUUUUUUUUUUUUUUUUGUGACACAUUUUUAGAUCCGAAAUGUUCAUAUAAUGACAACCACUUUUACAAUUCAAAUUAAUAGUAAAUAAAUAAUAAAAACAAAUAGUUCAUGCAGACAUCACUUGUCUAAUGACAAACAUGGAGAAAUUUAAAACAGGUGGUUUACGAACGUUUUUGAAUGCUAGCACAUCUUUGUUCACCAAUAUUUCUUUUUUUAAAUGGAUUUUCCAAUCCAUUCAUUUGAAUCAAUUCAUAUUUUUUUCCUAAUGGUUCAACAAAUGGUUCAAUUUCAGAAAACUAUAUUCAAUAAUACCUAUGUUGUUUCCGUGUGUACAGUAUGUAUUUCAUUCACUCAACGGCUCAAGUUAAAGCACAGGAUAUGUAGUUGUAAAGACAUAUUUAACACUAGUUACUCUCGCAAAGCAAUGAAACAUCUGAAAAUGCUUGAUUACGAGAGGAUGUGAUUCAUUCAGAGCUUCACGUCGAGUUUUGAGAAUGACUUCCAUUGAUUUUCUGUUAAGAAAGAACUAUCCACUCAUUAUCACUCCUGUUUUUAUUGGAUUGGGAUGGAUAGAGCUGGCUGUAACAGUGGAAACUGAUUCAAAUUUACUUUUGUCCAAAAUCCAUACACUUUGUCUUUAGUCAAUGCAGAUGUCACAUUUAAUGUUUCAUGAAUGAAAACACUGCUGUGAAGGACAGAUGUACAGUUUCAAUGGGUUGCACUGUUUUGUCGUCAAGAAAAAUACAUAUUUGCAAAACAAAUGACAUGAUAUAGCACCUUAAACAAUCUACCUUAUUCAACCAGCUGUAAAUUAAAUAUGGCAUCUACACUGACUUAAGGUUUAAAGCCCCUACAAUUACCAAAAAAGAAUUAAUGUGACAAUACAGAACAAAAUGUGUAUUCAAAAUCAUUUAAGAAGAGGAAAAACCUAUUUAGGAGGGUUGACUUGUUUGGCAUUAAUGUAGAAUUGAACUGAAUAUGCAUGAAUGAAUGUGCCGAAACUGUGUCAAACAUCUCUCCAAAUAGGAUAUCGGUAUUAGGAGGGUCUAGUCACAUAUGUCAGGAUUCAAUCAGGCUUUUCUCUCUUUUUUGUCUCUAAUGAAUGUGCCUCUUCCCAAGACACUUCUGCAUUAUUUUGUUAGCCUUUAGAACCACAAUCUCCUCUAUAGAGUUGAUCAUACAUAUCUUCUCGCUGUUCUCUUUCACUUGGUUUAGUUUUCUUUGUCAAACACUGGAGUUUUUCUGAUGACUGAGUACUGACUUCCCGACCUGUUUUGUAGGAAACAUCUUGGUCGCUCUUUCACUCUGCCUCAUGUUUGUACUUGUAUUUAGCACCCAUGAGGAUUCAUGUAUUUCAGUUUUGAUUAUUUCAUCCUUGGACUGUGUAAAGACUUUAUUUUACAUCAUUACAAUCAAAUAAAAUGAAAGUUUUUUUUAAGAUAUAAAAGUGAUUUUUUAAAAAAAGAAAAUAAAUAAAUGAUAUUUGAUACA